AUUUUGUUGUUCGAGCCAGACGAGUGAACCGUUAGCAGAAGCAGCUGGAAAAGAGCUGCCCAGUGCAACAAAGUGACACAUAGAAAAGCCAUAAACGAACCCUCGACCAUAAAGUGAUCCCGUGAGUGUAGUGUGUGAUCCGCAGCCGAAACCUUUUGGAUUAUUUGGAUACCGCCUAGACAUCGCCCCAGAAUGCACAUCCAGUCAGCCGUUCUGCUCGUCCUGGCUGUCGCCACUGGUCUGUGGAGCAGCUGCGUGGAGGCAGCAGCCACCGGAGCUCCUGCGGCCAUCGCCACCACUGCCAAGCCAAAGGGAUUCGAGGCGCGAUCGCUGGACGUGAGCUCCAGCGGCGGCGAGGAGGAGCUGGACGACUUCGAGACGCAGGCCCAGACCCACCUGGCCUACCGCCAGACCCAGCAGCAGCGCCAGCUGUACGAGUACAGCGACGAGGACCAGGAGGAGCCACCGCGCCAGGUUUACGCCAACAGGAACGCCAAGCAGCAGAGCAACUUCCUCAAGAUCCAAGGCCAGCUGAAGAAGCCCCUCAGCGAGGAGAGCGAGGAGGAGGAGGAUGAGGUCGAGGAACCCGAUCGCCUGUCCACCUUACUGAGCAAGUCCUCCUUCAGCUGCAACGACCGGAACUCCGGAUACUAUGCCGACGAGUCGCUCAGCUGCGAGGUGUUCCACUACUGCCAGGAGAGCCAGAAGCACUCAUGGAUCUGCCCCGAGGGCUUCACCUUCCACCAGAUCCACCUGAUCUGCAUGCCGCCCUCGCACGACAACAUCUGCAAGCAGUCCUCCAAGUACCACAUCGUGAACGACUACCUCUACAAGCCGAUUAACCUGCAGGAGCACCAGAGCAAGCCGAACGUGACUCUCCGCUACUCGGAGCGCUACUUCCCGGAGAACUACUACGAGCACGAGCGUUACGACGACGAAGAGGAGGAGCUACCCGCCGCGCCCAGGCCACGCAUCCAGCAGCAGCCACAGCAGCAGCAACAACAUCGCCAGGUUGUGGCCUACCAGCAGCCGCAGCAACAGCCUCAAGUGAGAGUACAAUACCAGCAGCCGCAGCAACAGCCCCAAGUGAGGGUACAAUACCAGCAGCCGCAGCAGCAACAGCACCAGGCUCAGCCGCAACCGCAAGUGGUGACGCAGAUCCGCCACCAGCCUCAGCCGACGACCCUGGCCUACCGGAAGCCACUGCCCGCUACCACGGUGCAGCCGCAGUUGCAGCUGCACCAGCUCCACCAGCAGAGGCCGCAGACACUGGCGCCCACCGUGACGCCGGCGCCCUACCGCUUCUUCACCACCGCCCCGCAGCUGCAGCAGCAACAGGUCUUCCGCACGCCCGAGGAGAUCAACAUCUCGCUGCAGCAGCGCCGGCCGCAGGUGUUCAUUGCCACAACGCCGCGGUACUACGAGGACGAGUACCUCUACGAGCGGCGGAAGUAGUGAGGAGGAUCUGCGGACUAGUGAGCAGAAACAGUCUUGUCUCUCGUGUACAUUCCCCGUCUAAGUACGUAGCUUUAAGCUCUCGCCCCAGCUCUCUGUCAGGCCCGAAAACCCUUGCGCGAGUUUUGUGUACCUAUUUGUAAUAUUUAAUGUCCUGCUAGAAGAAUCCGCCUUCUAACUCAAUUCGUUAAUAAAGGAAGCCACAUUAAGUUA